AUGGGUUGCCUGGGGAAGAUCAGGUUGGUGUCCACAGCUGGAGACAGUGGUGAAGGGAAGAGGUCCACGCCCUCUGAGUGCCUCAUCUCUGUGCCUCAAAAAAUUGAGGAUUUCAAGAAUUUUCUGCUCACAGCCAGGCAGAAGGAUGCCAAAUCCAUCAAGAUAAAGAAGAACAAAGAUAAUGUGAAGUUUAAAGUCCAAUGCAGCAGAUAUCUUUACACCUUGGUCAUCACAGACAAAGAAAAGGAAGAGAAACUGAAGCCGUCCUUGCCCCCAGGCUUGGUAGUAAAGGAGGUGAAAUAA